GCCUGGUCUAUGGUAUGGUCGAGGUGUGGUCCCGGUGUGGUCCGCGCGCGCUCCUGUCCGAGUGACUGCCGCUUUAAGAGCCUCAACGAGGGCGCGCGGUGGUGCCUAAAGAGACGCAGCGGGGCGGGCGGGCCCUUCGACUUGUGCGCGCUUCUCCUCAGAUGACACGCUUAAAUUUGGCUGGAAACUAAGCGACGCUUUUGGACAGCAAUCGCCAUCGGCCAGUGAACGCACACAAACUGCCCCGGGUAUUGCGGAGCGACGCUGUGGAAGAGGAGACGGAGACACGCAGGCGGAGGCUCGGGGAGAAACCGCAACGGAACCACGGUGCAAGACGAGGCUGCGAACAGGAAGCCCGGCUAAGAAGCAGUGCGGGAGUAAUAAAGGAGCGAGGAAAAGUUUAAAUACAGCGAAAGGUGCUGCAUCCAGGCUUGACGACCACAGCGAUGGAAGCAAAUCCGUUCAGCCGCCGGCAGUGGGCGUCGCAGUCGCUACGUGUAACGGCUAAGGAGAUCUCCCUGGUUGGUGCCCGAGGCAAGAGCAACGCCAUCGCUGAGCGUUUCUCCAAGUACCAAAAGGCUGCGGAAGAGGUGAACUCGGACAGAUGGAAAGCAGCUGUGGACGACGUGCCCCCGACUUUGCGCAGCGGCAACCUGAGCGUGCUGAAGAAACGCUGGGAGCAGCCGCCCUUCCCGGACCAGCCCGCGCCAUCAUCCCCAGCGUCGCCCAGCCGCCAGCCCGACGCAGACCCUCCAGGAGAGCAGCAAGCUGCGGCAGGAGCAGACGGUCAGACGCAGGAGGGCGAGCUCAUCAUGGAGCGGGUGCAGCACAGAUGGGCAGGGACUGAGGAGGAGGAGGAGGAGGAGGAGAGCAGACCCUCGGCCGUGCCCAGCUCCCCCAUCAGCAGGCCCAGCGUGCCCCUCAACAGUCUCAAGAUGAUGUUCGAGAAGGGAGAGGACAUUCACAGCAAAGUGUCCAAAGGGCCUGUGAGAACCAGCGGGAUCAACAUCUACUCGGAGGAAAUGGAUCAUCUUGGAGACAAAGGGCUUCUAGAUGGGGUGACCUCCCCUGACCGGCUGGUGGAGACCACACCGCUGCGGGACAGAAUGGCCAAAUACCAGGCUGCAGUAUCGAAGCAGGAUUCCCACACCCCCAUGCAAAGCAGUGAUCAGAUGGAGAUGGAGAUUCGCAGUCACAACUUGAAGCAGAAGGAGAAUGUGCCUCCGGGGACUGGAGACCUGAGCCUGAUUUCGGGGUCUGCCAGCAGAAAGUGCUCAGGCACAGAUGGCCCUGGGGCUCCAGUGGAACCGUCAGACUCUGCGUCUCCAUUGUGUUUGUCACAAGACAGUGCCCAUGCCAAAGUGCCCAGGAAGUUCAACUUGCCUGUGCGGGAGAGUUGUGUGUCCUGUCUGAAGACGGUCUACCCCCUGGAGCGUCUGGUGGCCAAUCAGCAGGUCUACCACAGUGCCUGCUUCCGCUGCACACACUGCAACACCAAGCUGAGCAUUGGGAACUACGCCUCUCUGCACAGCAACGUGUACUGUAAACCACAUUUCAGCCAGCUGUUCAAGGCUAAGGGCAACUAUGACGAGGGUUUUGGUCACCGACCGCACAAGGAACUCUGGACGGCCCGUGGAGAAGGCGCCGAAGAUGAUACGGUAGACCAGGCAAAGAGACCAGAACCUGAGGACAAGCUGUCGAGCCCCUCUGUAGAGGAGUCGCCGCUGGUCAAGGUGAACGUCCUGACCGCAACCCUGGAGGAACGUGCACAGACCAUGACCAAGAGUGACCGGGCGAGCUCGGAGAAACCGAUGGAGACGCGCAGGCUCAAAAUCUCCUGGCCUCCAUCCCCUGAGGGAGAGAAGGUCUCGCCUGGGUUCGCUGCUGCAGCAGAGGGUGGUCUCGUGAGGCCCUUCAGAGCCAAGUGGCCUCCUGAGGCCGACUCAGAGCCGGUGACAGCUCCUUUGAGCCCCGAACGCUCCGAGCUCACAAACCUGCGUCGGAGCUCAUCCCUCAAGGAGCGCAGCCAGCCCUUCUCCCUGGCUACCCCGUCUCCUGCACCCAGAGAGUUCCAGCUCCUGACAGGCAGCACGGAGCCAAGACAGGGCUCACUGGGGCGGGGCGAGGGGGACAUGGCGGAUGACAGCGUCCCGAACGGGCAGAUCUGCUGGGAGGAGAUGGCGCAGCAGGAGAAAGAGGAGCGUGGCGCUGGGCAGGGAGGUGACCAGGAGGAGGAAGCAGUUGAACAGGAGGAUGAGGACGAGGAAAUGGACGAGCAGCUGUCACCUUCAGAGUGCCAGACCUUCUGUUCCAACGGUCCAGCGUCGCCGACCCCCUCGAAGGAGAGCGCGCAGAAGCGGGCAUCCCAGGAUGUUGGUUUCUGGGAUGGAGAGGAAGCCGAGGAGGCUGGCGAGGAGGUGUCGGUGGAGGAGAUGAUCAAACGGAAUCGCUACUACGAGGAUGAUGAGGAGGGAGAUGAGCCCGAUGACUAAAGCGGCAAUCGUCUUUCCUCUCGCCCUUCAUGUGAGCUUGUGGAUGAACCUUUGGUCUGGAGUUCUUGCCGAGAAAGCAGUAAUAGCUGCCUCACGGCAAAACUGAAGUACAGACUCUUUUUAAUCUUGUGCAAACCUAAAACUGUCGAUUUUCCUUCGGUUUAUUUUUGUCUUCUGCUUUCAAAAGGUGAACCCCAUCGUCUGACGCGCCGGGCAAUGGCGUUUCACGUGACAGUUGAAAACCACGUGCUUUUGGCCAUUCAAAAUUUCCAAAUAACUCACUUUAACAAUUGAGAGAUGCGCAACUUUUGAAAACAUUUAAUCCUGUACCAUGCCGAAGCAUUAAUUCAUAAUGUUUUGUAUGUUCUUUUUUAUCUUUUAUGCUCUCUUUUAUGUGUCUUUUUUAGAUCUAAGAUGAUAACACUGCAUUUUAGGGUUUUUAUUAAAGAAAACAAAAUGAACUACUAAUGCAGGGCUCAGAACUGGAAACGUUUAGUUAAACGUAAGCCGUUAUUUUAUUCACCUGACCUAUAGGCCAUUAUUAGGAGUUUGAUGACAUGCAGAGUUUUGAGGACAAGGUUUCAGUCCUGUAUGUACUUUCUGGUG